UUUUUUUUUUUUUCUCCCUUUUUUUGGCGGUUUAGUUUAUUCUGGGUCAGAACGGACGUAGAGCGCGAUGUGCGAGACCGAGUUAGAAUCGGAGCUGGAGCUCCUUUCGGCGCCGGACAGCCUGCUGGUGAGCGGUCGGCGCCGGUCGAUGAGGGUGUCUCGCUUGGACGGUCGCGUCGAGUUCGCGCGGUGCGAGAGAAAGAGCGACGGCGCGCCGUGCUCGCCCGGAUCGGCGGAGUCGAGGCCAGGGCGGAUCUUCGGCGUGUUGGGCAGCGUAGACUUGUCUAGAGGGACCUAUUUGAUCGUGAUCACGGAGAGACAGUUGGUCGGGCGCCUGCGCGGACACGAGGUUUGGAGAGUCGGGGAGGCGAGGAUCGUGCCGUAUGCGCAGGAAGAGGGGCGCGAGGAUCCGGGCGACGACGAAAACAGAUACCUGGCACUGCUCAAGGAGGUCUUGGCGAUGCCCCUGUACUUCUCGUACACGCUCGACCUGACAAGCCGGUUUCAGAGGUCGUUCGGCGGGCGCGAGCGCGAGAUGUGGAGAGGCGUCGAUCGCCGGUUCUGGUGGAAUCGAUACUUGAUCACUCGACUCUUGUCGCUCGAAAAGGACGACUCGGUGCCGGAGGGCGCCUCCGCGUUCAUCCUGCCCGUGAUGAUGGGCAGCGUGACCAUAUGCGAUUCGACCGUCGACGGGCGCGACUUGCAGCUAGCGCUGAUCUCCAGGAGGCACACUCGCCGCGCCGGUGCGAGGUACCUCGUGAGGGGCAUCGAUCGGUCCGGAGCCGUCGCGAACUUCGUAGAAACCGAACAAAUACUCGUCGACGUCAAGAACAACGCCCUGCUCUCCUUCGUCCAGCUAAGGGGCUCCAUCCCCCUGUUCUGGUCUCAGCCCCUCACCACGAAAUACACUCCAGAUGUCCGCAUAAACCGGUCCCCAGACGCCCUGGAGGCCUUCCUCAAGCACUUCGACGACAUCCGCACCACCUACGACGCCAAACUCAUCCUCUGCGUCAGUCUGGUCAACCAGCUCGGCAAGGAAUCCCACCUGGCCAAAGAAUACAUCGAAACCGUCGAAAAAGCCCACUAUCCGAACCUCACUCUCGUCUCCUUCGACUUCCACAAACACUGCUCCGGAAACCAAUACCACAACCUCGAACUCCUUCACCGGCAAAUCGACCCCUACCUGGACUCCGUCGGGUGGUUCCACUGCCUCGACGGGCAAGCCCUCCAACUCCAACACGGCGUCAUCCGCACCAACUGCAUCGACAAUCUCGACCGGUCGAACCUCGUCCAGUCCUCCAUCGCCUCCAAAGUUCUCGUCAAACAACUCCAACUCCUGUCCCUCACCCACUCCGACCACCUCUCCUCCAUCCCCAACCUCUUCCGCUCCUUCCGCCACGCCUGGGCCGACAACGCCGACGCCCUCUCCGUGCAAUACGCCGGCACCCGCGCCCUCAAAACCGACUACACCCGCACCGGCAAGCGGGGCUACGCCGGCAUGCUCUCCGACGCCUACCACUCCGUCCUGCGGUACCUCCUCAACAACUUCAAGGACGGCUCCAAACAAGACGCCUACAACCUGUUCCUCGGCAUCUACCGCGUCCAACCCAACGCCCCCUCCCCCUUCGAGCGCGACCGCGGGCGAAAGCAAACGCUCACCAUGCUCGCGCUCAUCCUCUGCCUCCUCGUCUCCAUCGGACUCACCCCCUCUUUCCUGAAACACACCCUCCUCGCCCCUCUCUGCUGGGCCGCGCUCCUCGCCGCCGUCGCGCUCCUCUCCAAAAAGUACGGCUCGCUGCUCGUCUGCCUCCCCUGUCUGUCCUCCUCGCGCGCCCCCCCUCGCGCGUCGCGGCGCUCCCUCGUUCAAUAA